AUGCUUGAUGUACAUAUACCACAGUUCAAAGACUAUAAGGUUCAGUUAGCGUUUUUCAAAGAUGUUGUGAAUGUUCAGGAUAUUCGUUCUAAGGUUGCUGAGCUACCGUUUGGGUUCAUCGACGCCAGAAAUGUGUUGUCCCUGGAACAACUUUCGAGUGCAGUAUACAAGGCCCUUAUCGAAGUUAAAUAUAAUAAAAUGAGGUCCAAGAACUUAAAUUCUGAAGUCGUCCUUUCUUUGUCCCCCACCUCAAAUAUUGGCGAUGCUUUAAGGAGCUUUGGUAUUCAAGAAGACAGCUCGGUGUUGAUUUUAGUAAGAGUUGCUUCGAUGGAUGAAUCGUCAGAAGAGAGAGACUUUUCAUCUCUAAUCGAGGGCUCUGAAAUUGAAUUGAGUGACGAUAACCUCAGAAAAUAUGCAGAUAUUGAAUUAAUCAAGAGGGUAUGUAAGAAACAGCUAAAAUAG